GGCUAAAGAUGACCGUGACGUCAGCGCUAGGUGUUCCUGUGAGUCCGAGCUCUGCCCCGCAUUAACUUCUCAGCUCCGGAUCGGUGAGGGUUUGCGUGCGGAGUGUCGCCGAACAGAAGGCUUCCAGUAUGGGCUGUUACCGGCUGCUGCUGUGGGGGGUAGCGCUGUGCGCGUGUAUACUGUCAGUGACAGGACAGAAUGUUACAAAAAAAGGAAGGAGUUUUAUUGGGCAUGCAGUGGAAUCAACCAACACUUCGGGAAGAACUGCUUACACAGUGGAUGAUUUUGCAGCAAAAGUCUUGACUAGUCGACUGACCACAGUUUUUCUCCCCAUCGUAUACAUCAUUGUGUUUCUCGUUGGCGUACCAAGUAAUGCAAUUGCGUUAUGGGUCUUCUUUUUCCGAGCAAAGAAGAAGCACCCAGCUGUGAUAUACAUGGGGAACCUGGCUCUGGCAGAUUUAAUGUUUGCGAUAUGGCUCCCUCUCAAAAUCUCCUACCACCUAAACGGCAAUAACUGGAUCUAUGGGGAAGCUCUGUGCAAAGUACUUGUUGGAUUCUUUUAUGGGAAUAUGUACUGCUCGAUCCUUUUCAUGACAUGUCUUAGUGUUCAGAGGUACUGGGUCAUUGUAGACCCUAUAUCACACUCAAGGAAAAAGUCAAGGAUUGCUUUCAUUGUUUCACUAUCAAUAUGGGUACUAAUUAUGUUGGGAACUAUCCCUUUGUAUCUGUUCAACCAAACUGUCUAUAUACCUAAACUCAACAUAACAACCUGCCAUGAUGUUCUACCACUGGAAGUAAUGGCCAUUGACAUGUUUAGCUACUUCUUGUGUCUUGCUGUUGGGGUGUUUUUCUUCCCGGCUAUCCUCACUGCUUUAGCUUACACGCUUAUGAUUAAAACGUUGAAUGAAUCCAUCACAGAUGAAAAUAUCGGAAAAAAGAGGAAGAGAGCCAUCAGACUGAUUAUUACAGUACUUGUCAUGUACCUCUUAUGUUUUAUGCCUAGUAACAUUCUUCUUAUUGUCCAUUACUCAUAUAUAAAGAGCGGUGCCAUUGGUAACAUAUACGCAUUGUACGUUACUGUCCUUUGCCUCUCUUCGUUGAAUAGUUGUAUCGACCCGUUCGUCUACUACUUUGUAUCGGAAGACUUUAGGGAAAAUGUAAAGAACACGUUUAAAUGCCGGAGCGUACGGACUGUAGAGAGAAUGCAGAUCUCAUUCAGCUCCAUGAAAUACUCCAGGAAAUCCAAAUCCUACACUUCAAGCUCAAAUAGCACAAAAACAAGCAACUGUUAAAUAUGAAUUCCUCUGUAAAUGACGGGGAAAAGAACAUUUGUGAGACUGCACACAGUGGCUUUUUUAUGGGAGGCUAGAUCCUGUGAUUUUGUUAAAAUGCUACUUUCCUUGCAUCUUUCUUUUGGACUAGCCCUUCCCACCAUGCUUAGCUAUCCAAAACUGGAAACCCACGUGCUGUCCGACCUUAGAAUAUUAACUAACAUGUUAAGCAAA